GGCCGGCCGGCCGGCCAUGGCGAAGGUUGGGCCUCGGAGGGCCGGGCGUUCUUCCCGGGGUCGGGGACAGCGGCGGCCCACGACCUGGGAGAUCUCGGACUCGGAUACCGAGGGCCCUGUCGGCGCGGAAGCCGACUCAGAGGCCGCCGUGAGGGCCCGGAACCCAGCGGAGGAGCGCAGAGCGGCGGCCGAGGCGCUGCGGCUGCUGCGGCCCGAACAGGCGCUGCGGCGCCUGGCGGUGCGCGUGGACCCAGCCAUCCUGGAAGAUGCUGGUGCUGACAUCCUGAUGGAGGCCUUGGGCUCCCUGGGCUGUGAGUACCACAUCGAGCCCCAGCGCCCCGCCCGGAGCCUCAGGUGGAGCAGAAUGAAGCCAGAACCUUGCCCCUGCAGUGUGCCUCCUGAGGUGUGGGCUGUGGAUGAGCAGGAACUUCUGUUGCUGCUGGAGCCUGAGGAGUUUCUGCAGGGUGUCUUCCAGCUGACCCAGAUCUGUGGCCCAGCCUAUUCAGUGCCCUGGAUCUCUCCUGAGAGCCCCACCUGCCCUCACCUGGCUGUCAUCGGGCUGGAUGCCUACCUUUGGUCUCACCAGCCCAAUGCCCAGGAGAUGCAGCAGCCAGAGAGUCCAAGGGUAGCCUGUGCAGACGUGGUGGUCGGCUGGCCUGAGGUGGAAGAGGCUCUGGUGCUCCUGCAGCUGUGGGCAAAUCUGAAUGUGUUGCUGGUGGCCUCCUGGCAGGAGCUGAGUCAGCACGUGUGUGCCUUCACCAAGGCCCUCGCCCAGCGCCCCUUCAAGAAGUUCCAGGAGUCCAGGGCCUUUUCCUUCUGCACAGCUGGGCGCUGGGCGGCAGGUGAGCGAGUGACAAGAGAUGGCACAGGGCUUCGGGGGGCCUGGUGGCGGCAGAUCAGGCAGUUCAACCGGGUCAGCCCUGCUGUGGCUGACGCUGUUGUCACUGCCUUCCCAUCCCCCCGCCUUCUGCAGCAGGCUUACUUGGCCUGCGGCACUGAGCAAGAGCGACUGGCCCUCCUUGCUGACCUCCCUGUGAAGGUGGAUGAAGGUGCUCGGCCCCGAAGGGUGGGGCCUGACCUUUCCCGCCGCAUCUGCCUCUUCCUGACCUCCACCAACCCUGACCUCCUGCUGGAUCUGAGCUCCUGACCAUGUCAGCCUGACCUACAGGGCCUUCUCCCACCAACCAGCUGGACAGCAGGCACCCCAGGAAGGGAGUGACCAGAAACUACAAGGGGUGGCGGGAGAGCAGUCACCGUGUACAACCUGUCCCUCAGCCUGGGGAGGGGCUCUUAGUCAGGUCUGAAACCAAGGGGAGGCCACGGGUAGCAGGAAAGGUUCUUAGAUAACUGGGAUGAAAAGGAGAGGAAACUCCAGGAGAUGCUGGGCUGGCUGGAGGGGGCUGUACACACUGGUUGCAGGCCUAGUGGCCAACUAGGUCAGCCAGAAAGGGCUGGGUAGCAUCCAAAUCCCUGCUGGGGGACAAGCACCAGUCACCUGGAGGCUUGGAGGUAGCACCUUCAGAGAGAAGUGAGACAAAGUCUCAAGGGAGAAAAGAGAACCGGGCUGCCUCUUCCCAAGGAUGUUGUGACACAACUGGAACCACAGGAGAAAAGCUGUGAACAUGUGUGAGACCCAGGCCUCCAGGUGGACUCCUUUUAAUUCUACCACUAUGGAUGUGUUAGGCAUAAACUCAAAGUUUAUUACGUUCA